AUGACCUCUCCUCCCUCUGCUCCAAAUUCCCCGACUUUUCUUCUCUCUCUCAUCGCCAGUCGUCUUCGGUCUGCCAUGGACCCCUUUGAGAAGCUCCCUCCCGAGCUCAUCCAUGAUAUUAUCACUCUUACGGCAGACUUUGUGGGUGUAGAAAGCCUCCUCAGAAUCUCACCACGAGUCCGCGCCGUUUUCCAUGCUCAACCCCGCAUAAUUAUAUUGGACUUGAUCGACGCCAACCCGAUUACUACGAUGCCCGAUGUUCAACAGUUAUGUCGGAAUAUCUCACUGAUUCAAACUCCCUCGACCAAACCUGCCGAUUUUGAUGAGUACCGUCGGAUCUGCGAGAACAUCUCCAGCGUCCUCCCCGAAGAUCUGACAAACGCCGAAAUAUACCACAUUUUGCAACAUGCGGCACGGAUCCAGCGGUUAGCAUGUCGGUGUCUACAUACCAUGCAGCAGAACUUUAUAGCGGCAGUGGAACCGUCUUGUGCAGAAGCUGCAGGCAAGCCUCUCCUCUGGCUGGAAGAGUAUCGCGUGUAUUGGGCGCUCUGGCAUCUACAGCAUUACUCUUACCUUCGCAACGCCGCAAUGGGCCGCUGGGGAUGGUCAUACGAGUCACUAGCAAAGCUCGAUGAAUAUACUACCGUGAGGGGAAUCCCCUCCUCGUUUCUUUCAGAACACUUUUGGACAGUCGCCGCCGUGCUCGCCGACCUGGGCCUGGGCCCACCAUCAUAUGGACACCACACCGGUACCGCUACCGAUACCAAGGACGACUGCUCGUCACCAAACGAGGAGCCCGAAUGGGCCUCCUGGCAGUAUCCAGACUCGACACCCCUCCCAUUCUUCGCCUCUCUCGACCUCCCCGCACAUUGGCCCGAUGCUUACCCCAUCUGGUGCGCCCCACCACUGCCAGAAGACGCCAGCACGCCACCAGACCAGCGUGCCGAGAAGCGACUCAACAUCACAGUGCCUACGCGGCUGUACCGUCUCUACUCCCGUGUCCUCUCCCGCCACGGGCAGGGUAGUGCCUAUUGGGACAUGAUGAGGUUCGCGCCCUAUCGCCGGCUUGGCGUCGUCUUUUGGUCUUCGUAUCGCAUGUUGGAGGCUGGGUUGCUGCGCGGGCAGUCGCUUCCUGCGGCGUUUUACUCUGCUGCUGAUAGGAGUCGGGGUGAGGUUGGUCAGCAUCGGAUGUGGGCAAACUGGUUGGGGAUUGUUGGGAAGGGGCUGCCGUGUGGGCAUUCGAUCGAUUGAAACUGCGUCUAUGGGUGUCACCCAACUUUGUCUUUUUUUCCUCAGUUUUGCAUAUUUGCGAAAGUCAUGAGCCACCAGGAGAGAGGCGGGUUGAUGGCCAACUCGUUGAGGAAAGUAGCCGGAG